AUGGGAAAAAGAAAGGAAGUCAAGGCACCAUCCUCCAAAGCAUCUUCGCCGCCCCAUGUUCCCGACGACACGAACCCGGCUCCAACCCCGAACCAGUCAGAGAGAUAUAAAGAUAUCGAUGCACUCCAGGUCAAGAUCGAUCAUCUGCAGGCUGAAAUAGAUGAGUUAGAGAGAGACCGUCAAGAAAAAAUGCGGCUGGCAGUCUUUGGGGGGCGCGGCUGGCCAAAGCCUAUCAUCGAUUACAAGAAUGCGUUUAACUCUCUCUUCAUCACGGCGAACUGGUGGGCGGAUGAUUAUGUGAAAAGAGAUACGGCUGCGCUGGCCGAAUUCGCUCCCGGUGAGAAACGAAGUAUUCUCCAGAGCCUGGAUGGCUACUGUGUACAGGAUUUGGACUGGGAUACUUUUCUAAAGUCUCUGCCGUAUCCGAUCCGUACUUUCAUACCCCUUGUGCUCGCCCGAACGAUGCUCGUAAAGGACAUAUUCGAUAAAUUCUUCGAGAAUCCUUUUUGGUACUUUGAGGGCAAGACAGAGGCGAUAGACGUUGAGCCUCAAGCACAGAGUUCGCUGUCGUUUGCACAACAUCUGCAGCAUCUGUAUGAGCAGUUUCUGAUUGUGAAUCCCAAGUCUGCCAGCCUGUGGAAGACCGAGACCGUUCGUCUUGCGAACUCCGUCAAUGAUAAACAGGCCAACAACACUGAGAUGGGCCGGCAUACAAAGAGUCGACGUGAGGAAUUGACUCGAUCAUUCGCUUCCGCCAUGCUGAAACAUCCACCAUUUCAAAUGCUACUUGAAAACUGUGAAGACACCGCUGUGCGGGAGGAAAAGCUUGUCCAGUUCUACGAGAAAGCCGAAAAGUUGGCUAUCAGUCUCGGCUCUUCCCAUGGUAUCUGUACGUAUCGAAAUCUCACGAAGUUGGCCUCGCCCUUGUUCUCGGGAGGGGAUCAAGUCGUGACUGCAGAGGACCGUCAUAUUCUCCUGCCGCACCAGCCUAGACUGGACGGACAUCGUAUUCUGUUCAUCUUGCAACCUGCAGUGUCACGCACGGGAGCGGCAAUCCUCGACGGGGGAUUAGAAUCAUGGGCUCAGGCUGUCGCAGUGAUUGAGGAUGGCGACUGUACAGAAGAAGUGUACCACGAGUUGCAACAAGAACGGGAAGCUGAGGCGCGUGAGGUCUACAGAGAGAAACAGGAGGUAAUGGCGAAGCACCAGGCUGAAUGGGAACGAGAACGACGAGAGAAGCAAAAAGAGGGCAAAAGAGUGGAGGAAGAGACACAGGGAGAAGAGGUGGGAAAGAUUAUAGAAGGAAGCCCAGGGAAGCAGGAGGAUGAUGAAGGAGCAGAUGAAGAUACGGAAAGACCAGCACCCAAGCGAGCACGAAGAACAAGAGGAGCAGCAGGGAAAAAGUCAGGCCAGCAGGUAAAAGAGGAGAAAGGGGAAGAAGAGACGAAGAAAAUAAGAGGACGCCGGGCAACCAGAGGAAAGACUACCAAAUGA